AACUUGACUGUUGCAAACCCUGCAUCCUCCUCCUCCCUGGUAACGGAAAAGCUGGAUGAUGGAAAAGAGAAAGCAGUUACCCAGUGGAGCUUUUUUUUUUUUUUUUUCUGCUGUGGAUUCCUAAUAGAUGAAGGCUAUAAAACUUCUUGGUGUCUUGUCCUCCUGGCGCUGUGUAACUAAGGGCCACCCUUGGAGGAUUGUGAUUCGUUGCUCCCCCAAAGCCGGGAGGGAGUUUCCACGUGUCAUCCAGUGUGUCUGGGUGAGCCACACAACCAAGCAAUGAGUUUAUUUUGGGAAAUUAGGAACAUGUAACAUCUACAGCGUGAAACAAGGCUUUCAGAGAGUCCAGGAUGGGGAAUUCAGAAAGCCAGUACAGCAUUGAUACUCCGAAAGGCACAAGCUUCAUCUUCUCAAGGAAACAAAAGCCGUAUUCACUGAAACUUGGCUCAGCCAAAGAAGAAGUUCUUUCCGCACACACGUGGUGGAAAAACACCCCACUUGGCUCUGGGUACAAGGCGAGGUGUGUUGGUCACGGCUGUUUGUCACCUCCUAAAAGCAGACAGUCGUACUCGACCAAACGCUGCGACUAUGUUUGCAAGGGAGCGAGUGGCAGCCCUGAACAUCACUGGCGUCGCUCCCCUGGAUGCGGAAUCCGGAGGCGACAUUUGUCAGAUGAUUAUGAAGAGAAUCCGUAUGGGGCUGAGCUUGAUGGACACUCUCAGAAUAGACAUGGGGACAAGGAGGAUGUUUUAGAGGAACAGAGCAGUCCAAGAGUGGUGAUUAAAAAAGAUGGUUCUCUCAGGGUGGAGUUCACAAACUCCUCAGGAAACCCCUUACUCCUGGAUGAGGCCUCUGGUCCGGUCCAGCUCCUCAAGUUCUCUCCUAAUUUGGAGGCUACUUCCACUUCAAGCCUACCUGGUUCCAGGGUGGGUAUGCAGGAUGGCCAUCGGGGUGGUCCGCCACCAGCUUCUACCUCCUCCACUGCCAGGACCAGCAAAGGAAGCUCACUAAGCUCUGAAGGCUCCUGGUAUGAUUCCCCAUGGGGCCCUGGGACAGAGCUCUGUGAUCAGGAGCAGCUUGGUUCUGCCAGCAGGACACUGGAUCAUUCUCCCACACAUCGGCUUGACUCCUUUACAGAACAACCUGCUACACCAUGUAAUGCAGAGCUUUACAGGAACUCCACGAUGGCUGCUACAUUUCCUACAGCCAGUGGCUUGUCCUCCCAGCUACAGCAGCCUCUGUUGGGCAGGCCACACCGGGCCUCUCUCGCAUCUGUGCUGGACGUUCCUUUGGUGGAAGACUGUACAGAACCGCGUCAGUAUUCCUCUUUUACCUUGCCUUGUCGCAGACCUAAAGCUCAUACCAUCGGUUCAAAUAUGGACCCGUACCAAGACCAGGCAGAGCAGCAGGAGAACACUGGGCAGGACUUUGUUUUCAAUAAGAAAGACUCCAUUAAAAACCGUAUUAGACGCUUCAGUGAUUGGACGGGCAGCCUAAGCCGGAAGAAGAAGAAAUCUCUGGAGACCAGAUACAGAGAAGCCAGUGAGGCCUUUGACAGUGGCGUUGAUGGCCUGACUGCGGACACCAGCUCCCCCUCACAGGUUUCCAGCGUCCUCUGGUUCCCCGGAGCCUCUAGGGCUCAGUCGUCAGGAGCCAUUCACCAAACGACCAGUGACGCUGUCCGCCAGAACAUUUAUGAAAACUUCAUGAGAGAACUGGAGACAGAACCCGGGAUGGGAGGCGGAGAGAGGAGAGACCCAUCGACUGGAACGGAAGAAGAAGGGAGCAGCAGCGAGUCGGCCGAGGGCUCCAUGGAGGAGCUCGACCUUUUGUUUGCGAAGGAGCAGGGGGUGGUCAGACGGGCGGGGUGGCUCUCCUUCAAGCCCCUGAUCACCCUGCACAAGGAAAGGAAGCUGGAGCUACUGACCCGCCGUAAAUGGAAGCACUACUGGGUGACUCUGAAAGGGUGCACACUGUUGUUCUAUGAAACUUAUGGGAAGGGCUCUACGGAGCAGGAGUUAUCACCCCGCUACGCCCUCUUAGCUGAGGACAGCGUUGUCCAGGCUGUCCCAGAACACCCUAAGAGGGAGAAUGUCUUCUGUCUGAGUAAUUCAUAUGGAGACGUCUACCUCUUCCAGGCCAGCAACCAGACGGACCUGGAAAACUGGGUGACAGCCAUCCACUCAGCCAGCGCUUCGCUGCUCGCCAAGCGUCAGGGAAAGGAAGACACUGUGCGUCUGCUGCGGAACCAGGCACGCACCUUGCUCCAGAAGAUAGACAUGGAUGGGAAGAUGAAGAAAAUGGCAGAGCUCCAGCUGACCGUAGUCAGCAACCCCAAAAACCGCAAAGCUAUUGAAAACCAGAUCCAGCAGUGGGAGCAGAACCUAGAGAAGUUCAACAUGGACCUCUUCAGGAUGCGCUGCUACCUUGCCAGUCUUCAGGGGGGAGAGCUGCCUAAUCCCAAGAGCCUGCUUGCCACCGCUAGCCGCCCAACCAAAACCGCUCUGGGACGCCUCGGCGUUUUCUCCGUGUCCUCUUUCCAUGCACUGAUCUGUUCCAGGGACGAGGCCACAGUAAGGAGGCGUUCGUUGUCUACGGCUUGCAGGCAGAGAAAGAGGAGCCUGUUCUCCUCACUGAAAGGCCUCGACAACCUGACGAAGAGAGGGCGGGAAAAGAGACCCUCUGUAGCACAGGUCUUUGAGAGCGAUGCUGGAGGUCAGACGUGCAUCCUGCCUCCCAGAAGUACCGAGAGUUUCAACAUGUUGACGAGCAUCUACUCCAUGUCGCCACCUAACGGGGGUAUUUGGGACAACAUCGACGCUGCCACAGACCUGCUGGCCUGUGUCAGCAUGCCAGACGGCCUGACAGUCAAAGUUCCCAUCAGAAAACACCAAACAGCUUUUGACCUUCUCUGUGCAGCCUGCAAGGUGAAACAGCUGGACCCGAGUUCACAUUGCGUCCGCCUGCACAGACAAGCAGGAGAGGAGGUGGAAGUCCGGUUCUUAGCCUCCUGUGAGCUUCUCCAUGAUGUGGUCUGGGAUCAGCUGGAGGUGGUUUCUGCUAAUGUUUUUACUCUUCACAUGGAGAGGCCGAGUAGCACUGCAGACUUUGGCUUUGCCAUAACAGGACACAUUGACAACCAGAAGAACAGCAGGAUCUUUGUGAGCGAGGUUCUCCCUGAUGGGCUGGCUUUCAGUGAAGGACUGCGUCCAGGCGACGAGAUCCUGGUUCUGAAUGGCCAACGUGUGUCCGCUCUGGACCUGGCAUUAAUCCAAAACCUGUUUGCUGAGCCAAGCCUGCACCUGAGGCUUAGGAGGGAUGGACCAACAUCUCCCGCUCGGGCUCACGACUGCCUCAGCCAUCCAUGCAAAGAUAGCCAAGAGGCCUGGAGUAAACACACCAGAGCCAAGUCCUCAUCAGAUGUGUGUGCAGCAGCCGACAAUGGAGAAUCCCUGCGCGGCGGCCUGGAGAACGAUCACUCCCACUGCGCCCACAGCCUAGUUCAACACAGCAAGAGCGUGGACACGGUGUGCACCCUCUAUAAUUCCUUCCAGGAAGGCUCAGUAGCCGGUGGAGUGAUGGAUGACGUGAAGGGAACACAGGGAGGCCAAUCAGGCUCAAGUCCCACCAGACCGUGUCCCAAGCACAUGAGUGCCACUGAGAGGCUACGCAAGGUCAUCCAGGAGCUGGUGGACACGGAGAAGUCUUACGUGAAAGACCUGGGCUGCUUGUUUGAGAUCUACCUCAAACCCCUGCAGAAAGAAAGCUUCCUCACGCAGGACGAGAUGGAGAGCUUGUUUGGCAGCCUUCCUGAGAUGCUGGACUUCCAGAGGGUCUUCCUGCAGACGCUGGAGGAGAGGAUUGCUUCUAAGCCGGACUUCAGCACCCUGGAGACUCCCUCACAAUUUAAGAAGCUGCUGUUUUCUCUUGGGGGCUCGUUCCUCUAUUAUGCCGACCACUUCAAGCUCUACAGCGGCUUCUGUGCAAACCACAUCAAAGUCCAGCAGGUGUUAAAGAGAGCAAAGACUGAUCAGGCUUUUAAAGAAUUCCUUGAAGCAAGGAACCCCACCAAGCAGCACUCGUCCACCCUGGAGUCCUACUUAAUUAAACCAGUGCAGAGGGUGCUUAAGUACCCCCUGCUGCUCCGAGAGCUGGUCUCCCUUACUGAUGCCGACAGUGAGGAGCACUACCACCUCACUGAGGCCCUGAAGGCCAUGGAGAAGGUGGCUAGUCACAUCAACGAGAUGCAGAAGAUCUAUGAGGAGUUCGGCUUAGUGUUUGACCAUUUGGUUGCGGAGCAGACGAGCCACGAUAAGGAGGUCACAGAGAUUUCCAUGGGCGAGUUUCUCAUGCAUUCCUCGGUGGACUGGCUCAACCCUCAUCCGUCUCUCGGCCGCAUGAGAAAAGAUCCCCUAAUUACUGUAUUUGUUUUCAAGAAAGCAGUGAUAUUGGUCUACAGGGAAAACUUCAAGCUGAAGAAGAAAAUGACGAAUCCUCGUUCUUCGCUCUGUCACGGAGAUUCAGACCCGUUUAAGUUCCGGUGGCUCAUCCCGCUCUCUGCGCUGCAGGUCAGGCUGGGAAACGCCGCAGGAACAGGCACAGAAAGCAGCUGCAUUUGGGAGCUGAUUCACUCCAGGUCUGAAGUGGAAGGCAGACCAGAAAUGGUUUUCCAACUUCGUAGCAGUGUGCCUGAGAACAAGGUCAACAUCAUCAAGGUCAUCCGCUCCCUCCUGAGGGAGAACGUUAGGAGGAACAUGAGGGGCGAGGGAACGUUGGAGAGGAACUGCAAGGAGCGUCUGGUUCCUCUGCGUAAAAUGCUGCCUUCCUCUGCCAAACUAGGGUCCUCCAGGGCUUCCUGGUUGUGUAAGCAGCCGCUUGAGGAGGUCUCCUUCCAGGCUGGGAAUCCUAAGCUGGGGCCAGACUCUGACGAUGGAAGCCUAAGCAGCGGAAACUGCAGUUUCUCUGGAGCUCCUCCAGGUUGCACCUCCUCUGAUUCUCAGUCUUCCACAGCUCCCCAGAGCUGGUCUCAAGAGCCAGAAUCAAAACCUCGCUCCACCUCUGUGAAGGAGUCGGACAUUUUAAGCGACGAGGAAGAUGAUGGCUUCAGCGAGGGGGGCGCGAGAAGAGACAGCGGGGACAGCGGUUCCCCAGCAAGUGCCAUCGAAGCCCAGUUCCUGCAUCUCAAGCUGUCGGAAGAGGCCGUCUCAAAAUGCGCUCUGGCACCGUGCGUCCAACCAGAGGGAAUCGGGGACACGCCUGAGAUCCAACACAAGCUAUUGCAAAGACACUGCAGCGGUGUUAAGAGAAAAACCAACAGUUUGAGGAAGAACCAGGGGAUGCUGUUACACAUGAAGGAGCAGAACAGGUCAAUGGAUAGUCAGACUGAUCCAGCAUCACCAUGCGGUGUUACGGACCUCAACGCUCUGCUGGAAAGAGAGUUUAGCGUCCAAAGUCUGACAUCUGUUGUGAAUGAAGACUGUUUCUUUGACCGAGCUGAAAGCUGUGUUACAGACUCUGGAAAUACUAUGUCUACAUAGAUUCAAACAGACAGAACAGGGAGAAAAAAAAUUAUCUGCCCUUCAUAUCAGUAGUCAUAAAGGUGAGGGGUCUUUUAAAGUCCCACCACUAGUCUGGGGAAACCCCUGUGGCUUACAGCAGUCACUACCAGGAAGGGUGCAAAGCUUUUCCUGAACCUCCAUUCCACAGAAGCUUAGGUGUGAAGGAUCUCUUUGCUGGCAGACCUAGUUUCCCCCUGAAGUGGUGAGACGAGAUGAUUUUUAGUCCCGCUGAUGACUGCAGCAAAUCCGCCAAGCACUAAUGUCAACGUGCGCGCUCUGACUUUCUCAGCCUUUCCUUUCCCCCAACACCCUGCAAACCUCCUAGAAGAUGCAUUCAAUCCCCCUCCUCUCCACAUCUCAGGCUGAUUGGCAGGUUUGAUUUGAUUUUUGACCUUUUUGUGAAAAAAAUGGGGAGAAUGUCCUGAACCGUCAGUCACAGAGAAGUGCUGACAGAGCGGGUGAACUCCACAGUGUAUACAUAGUGACAGGGUAUGGAGAAAGAAUCAAGUUUCCUAUGCAGGGACUAUAAUUAUUUAGACAGCAGGUUUCCACAUGCAUUCAUAUUGCCUGAUGCAUUUACUGAGAUGUAACCAAAGGCUGUAGAUCACAGGGGCAAAGUUAACUUAGGGGAUCAUGGUCCCUUUAUGAGCUGCACAGGUCAAACAUUUUGACCCAAAUAGAAAAAAAACAACUUCUUAUAAACACAACUAAGCCUUUUUGCUGUAUUUCGUGCACUGAAGUACACUGUUUGCCUAUAUAUUUGAAUUAUUUUUUUACCUGUACAGGUUCUAAUGUUAUUACUGCUGUUUUUAAAUUAUUUUUAGGAUUAAUAUCUUUGCAGAGAACCUUUUGGGUGAAGGCUCGAACUCUUGGCUACAGGUUUGGUCAAUUCUUGAAUAAAAAAAAUGCUUAAGUUUGUAGUUUCUUUCAUUCUUACUGCAGCCAUUUGGAUUUAGUUGUGUCACUGAAUAUUUGGAUACCUAACUUUAUCAUGAUUAUAAUCUUUUUUUUUUUUUUUUACAUCGCUGAAUAUGGAAUUUGUGACACUGUACAGUUAAAAUAUGGCAGAAAUCUGCAAUAAAUUUGCUAUUUUUGUAGAGUUUGCCAUAGGUAAUUACCAUUUUGAGGUACUUAAAAACAAAAAGGCAAAUCACAUCACUUCUGUGCAACUUUACUAUGCCUUUAAUGCUAGUAUACCAAUGAAUGUGAAAUGUUUUAUAAAUAAAAGCUUCAUCUGUGAAUGACAUUU